UUCCUUCAUCUGAGGUCGAGAUAUCUGUAUCUUUCUUCCCCGAAAUCCUCCAUCUUAUCUUUCUCUCUCUUCUGCGAGAGUGAAGGACAGCAGAAAGAGAGAUCUCAGACGAAUACAGUAGUUUAAUCUGUAUGUUCAAGCAUUUGCUGCUGUUCAUCUGGCUUAAUUUGGAAUCAUAUUCAUAAAUCUUCUGUUUCUCUGCGGAUACAGUAGUUUAGCUGCUGUUCAUCAGGAUUGAUUUGGAAUCAUAUACAUAAUCUUCUGUUUCGAUUUUGCAGACAUACUUAGAAACAAUGAAGCAUAAAGAUGGAAAACCAAUCACUCAUCUUGAUAAGAGCUCCAGAGUAGUUCCAAUGUCUAUUAUGUUCAUUGUGCUAUGUGGAUUUUCGUUCUAUCUUGGUGGGAUAUUCUGUUCUGAGAAAGAUAGAUAUAUGGCUAAAAAUGUGGAUCAAAAAACUGUUGAAUCUUCAAAUAAAGCAAUUGUUACCAGUAGUUCUAGCUCCAGCUCCAGCUCUGGUUCUGGUUCUACUUCCCUGCAGAUUAAACCAAUUUCCUUCCCUGAAUGUCCUGUUGAUUAUCAAGACUACACUCCCUGUACUGAUCCCAAGAGAUGGAGGAAGUACGGAAUGCAUCGUCUUACAUUUAUGGAACGACAUUGCCCUCCAGCAUUCGAAAGAAGAGAAUGCUUGGUUCCUCCACCAAAUGGAUACAAAGUGCCAAUCAAAUGGCCACAGAGCAAGCUGGAAUGUUGGUACAGGAAUGUUCCUUAUAAUUGGAUAAACAAAGAGAAAUCAAACCAAAACUGGCUAAGGAAAGAAGGUGAGAAAUUUCUAUUCCCUGGUGGUGGCACAAUGUUUCCUCAUGGAGUUAGCAAGUAUGUUGAUUUGAUGGAAGAUCUGAUUCCUGAAAUGAAAGAUGGGACUGUUAGAACUGCCAUUGAUACCGGCUGUGGGGUUGCAAGUUGGGGAGGGGAUUUGCUUGGACGUGGAAUAUUGACAAUUUCACUUGCACCUCGAGAUAAUCAUGAAGCCCAAGUUCAAUUCGCACUUGAACGUGGUAUACCUGCAAUUCUUGGCAUUAUCUCAACCCAAAGACUUCCUUUCCCUUCGAGUUCAUUUGACAUGGCUCAUUGCUCUAGAUGUCUCAUCCCAUGGACUGAAUUCGGCGGUGUUUACCUUCAAGAAAUACAUCGUAUACUUCGUCCAGGAGGUUUCUGGGUUCUAUCAGGUCCACCAAUCAAUUACGAAGUCAGAUGGAAAGGCUGGAACACAACAAUUGAAGAUCAGAAAUCCGAUUUCGAAAAGCUUCAAGAACUUCUAACUUCAAUGUGUUUCAAAUUAUACAAUAAGAAAGACGACAUUGCAGUUUGGCAAAAAACCAAGGACAAUAACUGUUACAAAAAGUUAUCAGAUCCCGACGCAUACCCUCCUGCCUGUGACGACGGAACAGAACCCGAUGCAGCCUGGUACACACCGCUCAGGCCAUGCGUCGUCGUUCCGGACCCUAACCUGAAUAAAUUGGCGUUGAAAUCAAUCCCUAAGUGGCCUCAACGAUUGAACGAAGUGCCUCAACGUGUUUCCGGCGUUCGUGGAGGAAGCGACGGGAUGUUUAAACAUGAUGUUAGUAAGUGGAAGACAAGGGUGAAACAUUAUAAGAAAUUGCUACCGGCUAUUGUUUCUGAUAAGGUUAGAAAUGUGAUGGAUAUGAAUACGGUUUAUGGUGGUUUGGCUGCCGGUUUGAUUGAUGCUCCAGUUUGGGUAAUGAACGUUGUUUCUUCUUAUGCUGAAAAUACACUCCCGGUUGUUUAUGACAGAGGCUUGAUCGGAACUUAUCAUGACUGGUGUGAAGCAUUCUCGACAUAUCCUCGAACAUACGAUCUUCUCCAUCUCGACAGCCUUUUCACAACCGAAAGCCACAGAUGUGAGAUGAAGUACGUGUUACUUGAGAUGGAUAGGAUAUUGAGACCAAACGGGUACGCAAUAAUAAGGGAAUCGAACUAUUAUGUGGACGCGGUUGCGACGAUUGCAAAGGGAAUGCGAUGGGGUUGUCGUAAAGAAGAUACUGAAUAUGGUGUCGAAAAUGAGAAGAUUUUGAUCUGCCAGAAGAAACUUUGGUAUGGGACUAACCAAAGCUCAUAAAAUGUAAGUUAUGAAUUGGGGGUGGGGGGUGAAAUUUACCAACCAAAAAAAUUAAUUUCUUUUCACAAAUAUAUAUAUCCAAUUUCUGAAAAAUAGUCACUCAAUAAUAUAUUGUGUUUUUAUUUUAUUUUACAAGUAUUAUUUAUAUAUAGUUAUAUUCUUUUGUAAGUUUGAUAUCAAUCAACUGUACUAUGUCACUUUUUUUUUUGUAUUCUUACAUCUUCUUCUCCUACUUGUAUUCUUACUUUGAAUUGAACUAAUUAAUUUUAAUAUUUAAGCCUAUUUUUAAAUAGUAACAAUUUUUGGGUUCCUUCUU